UUUCCACAGUUGCCCCUAGGCAGUGCCAAAAACGUCCAGGUGCCCGUGGAUGAAACCAAUCCACACAGACUUUUAGAUCUUCUUCAGCUCAAAGCCGCAAUGUCUGAUCGCGUCGCGCCGCGGGCGCCGCGGUCCGCCCUGGACACCAAGGUCCUCGACAACAGCGCUCAGCUCGGCGUCAACAAACGGGUCUUCUGUAACGGCUUCACCGGCUGCGGGGGCCGGUUUCGACAGAGGAGGCGGCACAAGAGGCCGUUCUGCAACACGAACGGAUGCUACAACAGCGGCAAAAAGAGGGCGUACGAGAUCGAAAGCGAGACGAGAGACGACGCCACGGAGCUGGGCCCCCAGGCGGCGGACGAAGGAUGGACUGGAGAGAAGCUGAAGAAGCUCUUCUGCAACGGUUACGGUGGGUGUCAGAACAUGGGGAAGCGGGCGCGAGUAGGAGAACCGUCGGGUAACCAAGAGGAAGGCCUCCUCCCAUUCCCCAGAGAAGAGAUGAAGAAGCGGUUCUACUCGGCAGGAUAUGAUGAGGACAUGGAUGACCUAGCAAAUAAGAUGGGGAGGUGAACAGGUGAUAAUGUGUUUAUUUUACUUAUUCCCCCUUCAGCCCCCCACCCCCCCAAAUCCCCCUCAUAUUUAUGUCGUAUAAUUUGGAUACUGUUCAUUUCCACUUCUUAUUUUGUCCUGUUGAUUUUUUACUUCUUCUUUUUAGUCCUGUUUGUUUCCCUUUCUCAUUUUGUCCUGUUUAUCUUCCUUUCUUUUUUUGGUCUUAUCUCUCUUUCUUAUUUUGUCCUGUUUAUUUCCCUCUCUUAUUUUAUACUGCUAAUUUCUCCUUAUUAUUUUAUCCUAUUUCCCCUUCUUAUUUUGUCCUGUUAAUAUUUCCUUUUCUGAUUUUGUCCUGUUCAUUUCCCCUUCUUAUUGUGUCCUGUUUAUUUCCUCUUGUUAUUGUGUUCUCAGGGGAUGGCUCUUACAUAUUUAUUUCAAACUAACUGCAUGUCCAAAUAUGAGCAGUACUAUCCGCUCUCGGUCCACUGAUGCUGGUGAGGUGUCCCAGGGAAAUACUGUUGGCGAUCUGUUGUGGACAAUAAGGGUGGGCUUAAAACACUGUCCAUCUAUCGCCGGCCUGGUCUUCCUCUGGCUCUGAACCGGAGUGCCUGCUGCUGUGGCCAUUCUGACCAUAAAGGCCAAAUCAAUUUAUUUCCUUGUAGUUUCAUGUGUGUGUAAAACAAAAAAGAUGUGAUUUGGAUUUUUUUUUUUUAAAAAUUUUUAAAACCGAAAUUAAGAAAAACACAACAACCAACAACAGCAGUUUAUUUAAAGGUCAACUUUAGUAAGGUCACAUGACAGUCUGAGUGCUAAAUGAACAUUUGAAUGAAACAUGUUCCAAUGAAUUUGUACCUGGUGAGUGGAAUCGAAUUUUCUUCGUAUCAUCAGUCUUAUUCUGUAAUCUGGAAAGCCCAGUAGAGAUCGCAGAAGUACGCCGUUCAAAAAUAAGAAAAUUCCGAUCAGUAGAGAGAUUCGUUGAAAGAGAUUCAAUGGAAUUAUUUAUGCAAUAAAAUUCAUCCUGCGAAGGUUCGGGCGUAUGAAGUCACACAGUCAAUCUGUGGUUCAAAUCAUAACAAGCCAGUCGCUGACAGCUGUGACCUGACAAGCCAGUCGCUAAACAGCUGUGAUCUGACAAGCCAAUCGCUAACAGCUGUGACCUGACAAGCCUAUCGCUAACAGCUGUGAUCUGACAAGCCAAUCGCUAACAGCUGUGGUGUAACGAGCUAAUCAAUAACAGCUGUGAUCUAACAAGCCAUUUCAUUAACAGCUGCGUUCUAACAAGCCAAUUAUUAACAGCUGUGAUCCAACAAGCUAAACAAAGAUUAGCGAUAAAGAAAAUAACAAUAACCAACCACUAUUUAUCAUUUAGAAUUAUACAUUAAACAACAAAACCUGUUCACGUUGCGGUAAUUAAAUAUAUGUAUAUAAUUUUUUUCUCCAUUUCUUUGCAGCUGAAUGUUUCCUAUAUCCUGUGUUUUGAUGCCCCUUUUUUAUAAAGUCUGGACGUCUCCAACAGUUCUUAGGGGGUUAGUAGGCACAGGCAGACACAUUGAUGGACGCUCA